GGAGGCUGAACACAAGCCACCGACUCUCUGCCUAACUCUACCUAAUAGGCCUUUACGAUACUCUCUGCUGACACCCAGCGUAGAGAGGGAGCCCAAUACGCUAUAGUAAAGGGACUCUUGACACUGCAGAGGCGAAAGCGUGUUAUCCGACUCACUGCUUGUCAUACUCUGGUUUAUAAUACAUGCUAGAGUCACGAUAGCUGUGAUAGUAUUGGCUGCUUUGUCCUAAGCUGGAUAGCAGCACAAAGUUGGCAGUCAGCUGAUUGGAGAUUUGUGUCAAUUGAAAUUGGAUUUUUGUUGUACUGUGAAAUUUCUCAGAGCUGUUGAUCGUGCUGUGUUAAACAUGAGGAGUACUGUAAUAGCUGUCACCGGCCUUUUGUUCCUGCAGUCUGUGCUGCCCUCUGUGCUGGGUCAGACUGACACCUGCCUGUCAUGUGACCGCAAACCCAGUUCCUGUCGGAAGAUAGCUGGAAUCUUCAUGGUGACUGUUCUUUCCAAGAGAAGCUACAAUCCAGUGGUGGAGAUUCCAACUGGAGCAUGUCGCAUCAAUAUCACAGAGUUGGCGCUUUCUGAGAAUUACUUAGCUGUGAAAACUAAAAGGUCAAAGAGCAUAUUCAACAGCUACUGGUCCCUUGUGCCGACAGGGCUGUAUGGCGGUGCCGGGACGAUAUUCCGAUAUGCUAAACAGAGCGGGCCACACUGCCCUGGACAGUGUAUCUUUACUGAUGGGUCGCUCAAUGAAACAGUGGUGGUUCAGUUGUUGUUCAACAGCAAAAACCCUGGCAUUUCAUAUGAGUUUCUGCUUCCAAACUACAUUGCAUUUACACCUUUUGAGGGUACAUACAUUCCCCAAACACCAAACACAGUCCAUCACCGGCAUCGACACAGAUCACAAGGGCGGGGCCAAGGACGUCACCGUUCACGUUCAACUCCCCACUUCGAAGGAGAAUAUAACCCGAGUUACAGCAGCAGAUCAGAGGGGCCAUCUUCAUCGGAAUACUACAGACGCACUGAAGAAUUUCGUGCUGGAGGAAGUGAUGGAAGAUACCCAGCUCAACAAGGUUCAAGGUCAGGGUCACAGAGAAACUAUCAACCUGGUCCACGAAGAGACACAUCCCCUCGUAGGUACGGGUACGACACUUUGGGUGGUCGUGGAUUAAGUUACACGCAACAAAACAGAAAAACAGUUUCAUCUCAAACAGGAAUUCCCAUUCAAGUGGCACCAAGGCCAAGAUAUGUUUCGCCAUAUGACCGCAAUGGCCGCUUCACUGGCCACGACACUCUUGAUUUCAAUGCGGCACUGACGGACAGGAGGUAUGUGCGUGGUCCAGGAGAUGGUCAAGCCAGAAGUGUGGACAAUGAGAUCGGGACUCGAUACAGUGGACAGCAGACUGUUCCGAACCAUGGUGCUGUGGACAGGGUCAGCUCCGAUAGUCAGUACAUGUGGAGAAUAUCUGGAUUCACGGACUGUUCCACGACAUGCGGAGGAGGUAACCAGCAGACCAAGAUUGUCUGUGUGUUGAAGAGCUCUGAGACUCAGGUGAUAGUGACGGAGGACAACUGCAACAACGCCAUCAAGCCACAGCAGCAGCGUGUACCAUGCAACACCAACCCUUGUGGACCAGCGUGGGAGACAGAUGAGUGGAGCGCCUGUAGUGUAACCUGUGGUUCAGGGACACAGACCCGCCGUGUGGAGUGUAAACAACGUAUGUCUCCCACAUCCCAUCUGAGCGUGUCGGCCAGCAAGUGUGACGCAGGCAGCAGGCCAGCGGUGGCCCAGCAGUGUGAGAAGGGGCCCUGUGCCAGGUGGAGAACCGGCAAGUGGGGCAAGUGUUCCGUGAGCUGUGGGGUGGGGGAGCAGCGCAGGAAGGUGAAAUGUGUAGACCACCAGGCGACCCAGAUACCUGACCGCUUCUGUGAGGACACACCCCCAGUUGCCGCCAAGAAGUGUAAUCAGGGCACCUGCCAGAAACAGUGGUGGACGUCCAGGUGGUCAGACCAGUGUUCCAAUGAUUGUGGGUCAGGCGUGAAGACAAGGAACGUGAUGUGUGGAAACCCCAACGGUAUGAAGCUGGAGGACUCUGUGUGUGAAGACCUCAGGAAGCCUCAAACCAGGACCUCAUGCCGGAGCCAGUCAGCCUGUGGAGGGAAGUGGUUCAGUGGACCCUGGGGAAAGUGUUCAGCUGAAUGUGGGCGUGGAGAGCGUCGACGUGAUGUUGUGUGCAUGAAGGUGGUCGGUAGCGCCAUGUCUAUAACUGUGGAGGAGAACUGUGCCUCUGAGGAGAAGCCUGUAGCAGAGGAGCAGUGUCGCACCGAGUCCUGUGGAACAGAGUGGUACAUGUCCCAGUGGAGCGAGUGUUCUGUGACAUGUGGAACGGGCAUGAAGACACGGCAGGUCAAGUGUCUUGACCAACAGCAGAGGAAGGCCAGGUCAUGUGACCGCUCCCAGAAACCCGCGACCAGAGAGAACUGUCAGAUGAGAGACUGCCGAUUACCCCAGGCUACCAGAGCAAGCCCUACUUGUCGCGACCAGUACCGCAGCUGUCACGUGGUCCUACAAGCCCGACUGUGCACAUACUCCUACUACCGCAAGAUCUGCUGUUCCUCCUGCAAGUCUGCUCACUCAUGAAGACAGGAACCACAGUCGAGCAGUGUGAACGGUUGAUCACUGAUCCAACUCCUGCCAGAACAACUUCUCCAUAGGACGACAGUCUGGGGCACAAUACUCCAUAUGUUGUAGCAACACACUGAAUAGGGAAUACGAUUUCAUAUUGCACUUUGUGAUUUUUCGGUUAAGAUCAGACCAUUAUUUUCUUGUUGUAUGGAUAAGCUAGACAAAGAAUUAGAAAAGUAACAAGUAACCAUAUUUCUAAAUACCUCAUUUUCAAAAAGGUUUUUUUAUAUAUUUUUUCAUAAAUCUAUUUUGAAAUAGCAUUGAAAACAUGUUUUAAUUCAUGCAUUUUGGUAUAAAAACUUGUGAAACAAGAAAGGAAAAGGUUCUGAGUUAUAGGUUACAGCUUCUUAGCCAACAGAAAAAGCAGAAUAAUUAUUAUAACAAUGUUAGUUUUCACAUAACAUGUUUUUAAUUU